GUUCCUCGACAUCUGUACGUGGGUCAUUCCGUCCUAGUAUUUGUGGGUAGCACCACCUCGGGAGCCAGCUCUGAGUCACCCGGACCGGCGGCUAUUGGACUUACAGCAUUGGCUCAAGCACUCUUCGAACUGGACGGCGUCGCAUUGGUUCGCCGUGUCUAUAAUCGAGUUUCGGCCCCGCGACUGGGUGUUCUAACACCAGACUCAGCCCUUCAAUAA